CAGGUUUCAGAAGGUGACAAUGAGACGUGAAGAAAUUACAUUUCUCGAACUUGAAAGUUAGUGACUGCUUACCAAUUUUAAUGAGAAUAAAAUAUGACUUAGAAGCAUUGACUUAUGAAGGUUUAUGAUGUCAUCGGUUUCAACAGAAAUCAAACUGCAGCAGGCUGUGAGCCUGCAGGGAGUUGACCCAGAAACAUGCAUGAUUGUAUUUAAAAACCACUGGGCACAGGUUGUGAAAAUCUUAGAGAAGCAUGACCCCUUGAAGAACACCCAGGCAAAAUAUGGGUCUAUUCCUCCAGAUGAGGCCAGUGCUGUGCAGAAUUAUGUAGAACACAUGCUUUUCUUGCUGAUUGAAGAGCAAGCCAAGGAUGCUGCAAUGGGGCCAAUUCUGGAAUUUGUGGUCUCCGAGAACAUCAUGGAGAAACUCUUCCUCUGGAGCUUGAGAAGGGAAUUUACGGAUGAGACGAAGAUUGAACAACUGAGGAUGUAUGAGAUGUUGGUCACCCAGUCGCACCAGCCUCUACUGCACCACAAGCCCAUUCUGAAGCCUCUAAUGAUGUUGCUGAGCUCCUGUUCAGGAACAACCACUCCCUCUGUGGAGGGGAAACUGGUUGUCCUACUCAAUCAGCUCUGCUCCAUCCUUGCCAAAGAUCCAUCCAUUCUGGAACUCUUCUUCCACACUAGUGAGGACCAAGGGGCUGCCAACUUCCUCAUCUUCUCCCUUCUGAUUCCCUUCAUUCACCGCGAGGGGGCAGUAGGCCAACAAGCUCGGGAUGCUCUGCUGUUCAUCAUGUCUCUCUCUGCUGAGAACAGCGUGGUGGCCCAACACAUCGUGGAGAACACCUACUUUUGUCCUGUACUUGCAACUGGGCUCAGUGGUCUCUACUCUUCCCUGCCGACAAAGUUAGAGGAGAAGGGCGAGGAGUGGCAUUGCCUUCUGAAGGAUGACUGGCUUCUCCUUCCUUCCCUCGUCCAGUUCAUGAACUCUCUGGAGUUCUGCAAUGCAGUCAUACAGGUGGCUCACCCUCUAAUUCGAAAUCAGCUUGUCAACUACAUUUAUAAUGGAUUCUUGGUACCAGUUUUGGCUCCUGCUCUCCACAAGGUGACUGUGGAGGAGGUUAUGACCACAACUGCGUAUCUGGACCUUUUCCUGCGCAGCAUCUCCGAGCCGGCACUACUUGAGAUCUUCCUUCGUUUUAUACUGUUGCACCAGCACGAGAAUGUCCACAUCCUAGACACUCUCACGAGUCGAAUCAACACCCCGUUUCGGCUCUGUGUGGUGUCCCUGGCAUUAUUCAGAACUCUCAUUGGUUUACAUUGUGAAGAUGUCAUGUUACAACUAGUUCUAAGGUAUCUGAUCCCCUGCAAUCAUAUGAUGUUGAGUCAAAGAUGGGCUGUGAAGGAGAGAGACUGUUACUCUGUGUCUGCCGCCAAGCUGCUUGCCUUGACCCCUGUCUGCUGCUCCAGUGGGAUCACGCUGACGCUUGGGAACCAAGAGAGGGAUUACAUUCUCUGGUCAAAGUGUAUGCAUGACAGUGCAGGGCCCGUGGGGAAGCCACUCCCUGGGGCACCCUCCCCGUCGGCCUGCAUUGUGGAGUAUGGGAAAGCCCUAGACAUCAGCUACCUGCAGUACCUCUGGGAGGCCCAUACCAACAUCCUGCACUGCAUGAGGGACUGCCGUGUCUGGUCUGCCCUGUACGAUGGAGACUCCCCCGACCCCGAGACGUUUCUCCAGAGUCUGACUGAGGAGGGUGGGGCCAGCUCGGCCUAUCCUGUGUUUGGACUCCCGCAGCCACUCGCCAGGAAGAUGGGCCCCCAGCUGGCUCCCAGGAAGGACAAGAGCCAGCCGGAGCUGGAAUGGGAUGACAGCUAUGACACCGGGAUCUCGUCAGGGGCCGAUGUAGGCUCCCCCGGGCCUCACGAUGAUGUAGAGGCCCCAGGCCCCCCAGCGCCCAUCGACCCCCCCAAACACAUCCAGGAGAUGAAGAAGAACGCUAUCCUGCUCUUCAAGGGGUCCUACAUCGAGGAGUCGGACUUCCAGGACGACGUGAUGGUGUACAGGCUGUGUGCCGAGAAGGACUCUGAGGACGCCAGGAAUUCACAGCAGGAGGCCCCAAGGCCACCAGCUGAGGGCCAGACCCAGACUCAGAGUGUCUCCAUAAGCAAUGGCCCCCUCCCCAGCCCCCAGCCAGAGACAGACUCGGAAGAGGAGCACAGUAGGGGCAAUUCAGGCCUAUUUCAAAACGUGUCUGAGGAGCCAACGCAAGAGCGCGAGCCUGGUGUGGCCCCAGAAUCCAGCCCCAAGCCAGCGGCCUCUGCCUCUGGCCCAGAGCACAACCCAGAGCUGAUGGCCGUCAACACAGAUGGCGAGGAUUUCAUUGCCCAGUACAACCAGAUCAUUAAGGAACUGGAUUCCGGCACCGAGGGCUUGGUAGAACAGACUUGCCCCACGCCUGGUCCCUUGCUUCUCACCAGCGAGGAAGGCGGGAAGGAAGAAGAGAGCAGAGGAGAAGAGGAGGAGGAGCAGGAGGGGAAGAAGGAGCCAGAAGAGGAGGAGGAUGACUUUGACUCCCUUAUCGCGGAGGCUCCUGCUGUGGAGACCGUGCCUUCCCCGUUCGGGGUGAGAGACGAGACUGUGUCUGCCAGGCACCCUCCUGUGAGGACUCAGAGCACCCCGUUCACAGGCCCGUUCAUCAGCGUGGUCCUGUCCAAGCUGGAGAACAUGCUGGAGAACUCUCUGCAUGUCAACUUGCUGCUGAUCGGGAUCAUCACUCAGCUAGCCAGCUACCCCCAGCCUCUCCUGCGCUCCUUCCUGCUCAACACCAACAUGGUCUUCCAGCCGAGCGUCCGCUCUCUCUAUCAGGUCCUCGCGUCUGUGAAGAACAAGAUUGAGCAGUUUGCUUCUGUGGAGAGGGACUUCCCGGGACUUCUCAUACAAGCCCAGCAGUACUUGCUCUUCCGAGUGGACAUGUCUGACAUGGCCCCUGCGGCCCUAACCAAAGAUCUCAUCCAGGAGGCUUCUCAGACAGGAAGCAGCAAGACCCUUUUGGACGGACCUCCACGAGUGCUUCAGCCCUUCCUGGCACACAGAGUCAAGGUGGCUGAGGCCCCCCCAAACCUGCCUCUGCCGGUGAGGAACCCCAUGCUGGCCGCCGCCCUCUUUCCGGAGUUCCUGAAGGAGCUGGCAGCCUUGGCCCAGGAACACUCCAUUCUAUGCUACAACGUCCUCGGCGAUUUCGAGGACUCCUGUUGUUAGUUUUUUUAAUAGACGGUCUUGUUUCAUAAGGUCUUAGUGUCUUGACUGAAUGUUAAAUGCAAAGCUGCUUACAAA